AUGUCGCAAACCGAAGAAAGAGAAAUUUGUUACUUAAGGUGUAUAAUAAACUCUGGAAAAUUAGAAUUUGCUUGGUCAAUAAUUACACCAUCCACAUGGGACUGGAUUGGAUUGUAUGAAGACGGUAGCAAAUCAAAUAAAGAAUGGCUUAAUGGGCACUGGUUCUAUAUAAGUAAUAAUAGCGAAAGAUCGACUCUUCCUGAUGGUCGAUAUGUAUAUUCCGGCAAUCACUACAUUGGAACCGUUUCUGGAAUGAAUCAGAUCAGGCUAAACACCUAUGAAGCUUACGGAGAAUACCAAACUUAUACAUAUGCUAAUGUAUACAAUCAUGUAUUUGUAUACUUUGAUGAAAAUCGGGUUAAUUAUACACUUAAAGGAUUACAACAUAUUUUUGAUAGACAUAAAGAUCAUUGGGAAUUUACCGAAAAUGACCAUUGGAAUAGUCAAAACAAGGAGAAACUCCAGAGAACCCUUCAAGAGUUUAUUCACAGAAACAUAAGCAAUGUUUUUAGUGGAAGAUAUAAGAAUCAAGAUGCAUAUUUUAUAGUUGAUUCUGCUUCUCAUCAAUGUGUCAUAAUUUAUCGUGGAGGAGAUAAAGAUUAUCAAUUAUGGUCCGGAUGGAAACUAAGUAAUGCUCAAUAUGACUAUGUAACGAAACCACCAUUCAAAUUACGUGCAGUUGUACUUACGGUAUAUGAAAAUAUCCUUGAUGAAAUUGCCAACUCGGAAGGGGAAAGAGACGAUUUACUUAAACGAUUUGUAAAAGUUUACUUGGAUGAUAAAAACCGUUAUAGUAAUGAAGUAUAUGACCAAAUUGCAGAUUUUUUUGAAUUGGCUGAAAGUUACAUUCCACUAUCGUUUGAAGGAAGAGAUGAAGUGACGCCAGAAGAUAAUUAUGAGCUUGAUUAUGAAAAAAUAAAGAAGAAGGCGGAAACUAUUUUGGGAGUACUUGAAGAAUCAGCAAUCUGA